UACAAUAUUUUAUUUAUUAUAAAAUAAAAAAUAAAUUAUGUAGUCACCUCCAAAUAAUGUUAAAAAUCAAAGAAAUAUUCGUAUUUAUAUUUAUUUAAGAGAAUUUAUUUUUAUUUUAUUAUUGAUAUUUGAUUUUCGAAAUGAGUCCAAUGCCUGACCAGAGAAACUACCUUACCGGCCUUCUCAGCUGCAGGCUCCAAAAACCCUAAACUUAGUCUAGGGUUUCUUCACUUCUCCUCCUCCGCCGCCGCUACCGACUCACCGCCGUGUCGGCCCGUUGGUUUGAGGUUAUUGCAUCGUCUUCCGCUUGGCCAUGUCUCUUCUGGAACUUGUUACCAAGGCCGCCGCCAAUCCCAAAACCCUCACCGCUCCAUCCACCUAUCCAAUCAUUCUCAACCCAGAAGACUCUCUCCUCAGCUUAAACCCCAAUGUCGAAAACCCAGAUCCCAAUUCUCUUGUCGUUCCCGUUUCCGGGUUUCAAAUCUCGCAAACCGAUUCCGAGAUCAUCGACUCGGCUAACAAAUUCUUCAAAAAGCUCAAGCGGAAGCUCAAAAACCCUAGCAGUUUUAAUACUGAUGAUUUGAUCGGGAUUUUGAGUUCUUUUCUCGAGAAAAAUGGCAAGAAAGUUGAUGUCUCUGUUGGUGUCGACCCAUCGACUGAAGGGUACACACGGGUGUUGAUUGAAAAGCUAGGGUUUUUGAUGGGUCGGGAUGUGUCGGAGUUGGUUUUGGAGGCGUGUCUUGUUUUGGGGAAUUGGGAGUUGGUGGAAGCACUGAUUGUUAAUGGGCAUGUUGCACAUUCUAGUUAUUCGAAUUUGGUUUCAGUUUUGGUGGAGAAAAGGAGGUCAGACUUGGUUUGUUUAUGCAUUAAACAUUUUACAGAUCUCGGAUCUUCUGAACUACUCUGCAUUUUGAAAUACUUCCUAUUGCCGCCUAGAGGGGCUUAUAGCAGUAUGGUUGCAGUGAGGAAAGGUUGGGAAAGCCAAGCGAAAUUGGCUAUAGAAAAGGCAAGCAAUAAGGAUCUCAAAGGGAAGAAAUCGCAUGUGGCAAAGGAGGCUGCAGUGUUGCUUGUGAUUGCCCAUGAUGAGUUUUUGGCUUCUGAGUUGUGUCUGCAUUAUCUGUUAUCUUCCCCAAAUCUUGAUGAUGUGAUAUUCCCAUAUUCUAUUAGUAAAUUGAAUGGUGAAGAGAUCAUGAGUUUGAUUCGAUACUUGGGAAAGUGGUUAAAGAAGUACGAGAGGUUUCCACAAGCAGGUCCAUGCCCAAAGGCAUCCUCAAUGUUGGGGUUGAAGGCUUGUGAUUCGGUUCCUACCCUUGAAGCAGUGGUCAAAUGUUUUGGGCUCGUUCUGAACGAGCAUUUCUCUUCAUUAGUGUUGAAUUUGGAGUUCCGUGAAGAGCUGAGAUCCAUGAAGGCAGUGGUUACUUCUUUAGCCUUGGAAGCAAGACUGUGUUGUUCUGUGGCAAAUGUGGUUGAGGAUUUGAGAGCUGAAGCUGAAAGUGCCUAGUACAAACUUGGAGCCUCUGCUAGUAUUGCAUUUUCGACACUGAUCAUCAUCUAUACUGUUGGUGUACCUUUAGUACAAUUUUGGAAUGAAUUGAAGCUUAUUUUAAAUA